AUGUCGAAGCCGCAGAGCACCAAUGGCAGCGAGUCCGAGUUUGAGUUUAUUGAAACUCCCAAGGCCCCGACUCCGACUUUUGAGAAGUUUGAGGACUGCGGAGUGCGCACAACUUCGUACCCGAGCAUCAAGAAUGCCCCUCUGCCCGCCGACGGCGCUGGCAGCGACACGUUCUCCAACACCCUGCUCUUCUCCAUCCUCGGCGGUGUGCCCCUGUACCUGUCAUGGAAGCUCGGCGGCGGUCUGAAGACGGCCGUCUUCCUGGGCCUCUUCACCACCCUGCCUCUGCUGGGUGCCUACUGGCUAGCUGUUUCGACCAUCUCGCCCCGUAAGACGGAAAAGGCCAGGCUGCCCGGCCGGCCAGUCGAGCACUACCUCAAGUUCAAGAAGCCCGCCGACCAGGCCAAGUACCAUGGCCGCAACAAAAUCCCUAUGGAGACCUUCCAUGAGAUGUACUUUGACGGCGACGUCGACUUCAACGGCGAUGCUCUCGAGGUUCUGGAGUACCGCCACGACUGGGCCAGCUUCCGCUUCACCCUCAAUCUCAUCAAGUUCUUCUUGACGGGCUUUGUCCCCGAAAUGCUCAUGCACACCAGGUCUCAGGACGAGGAGCAGGUCCGCGACCACUACGACCGCGGCGACGAUUUCUAUGGCUGGUUCCUCGGCCCGCGCAUGAUUUACACCUCGGGUAUAAUCGGUGACAUCAACCGCGAGGAGACCCUGGAGGAGCUUCAGGAUAACAAGCUCGCUGCUGUCUGCGAGAAGAUCGCCCUCAAGGAGGGUGAGAAGAUGCUUGAUAUUGGCUGCGGCUGGGGUACUCUGGCCCGCUUCGCCAGUGUCAACUACGGCGCCAAAGUCACCGGCAUCACUCUGGGCCGCAACCAGACUGCCUGGGGCAAUGGCGCCCUCCGCAAAGUUGGCAUUCCUGAGGAGCAGAGCAAGAUCUUGUGCAUGGACUACCGCGACAUUCCCGUGCCCGAGGGCGGCUACGACAAGAUCACCUGCCUCGAGAUGGCCGAGCACGUCGGUGUCCGCCACUUUAACGGCUUUCUAAAGCAGGUCUACAAUAUGCUUGACGACGACGGUGUCUUCUUCCUCCAGAUUGCCGGCCUGCGCAAGAGCUGGCAGUAUGAGGACCUGAUCUGGGGUCUUUUCAUGAACAAAUACGUCUUCCCCGGUGCCGAUGCGUCUACUCCUCUCGGUUGGUUCAUCGACAAGCUCGAGGGCGCCGGCUUUGAGGUCAAGGGCCUCGACACCGUUGGCGUGCACUACUCGGCCACCAUCUGGCGCUGGUACCGCAAUUGGAUGGCCAACAAGGACAAGGUCGAGGCUAAGUAUGGCAAGAGAUGGUUCCGCAUCUGGGAGUACUUCCUUGCCUACUCGACCAUCAUCUCCCGCCAGGGCAGCGCUACUUGCUACCAGAUUGUUCUCCACAAGAACAUCAACUCGUUCCACCGCGUCGAGGGUAUCCCGACGCAGUAUGGGCUCAGCGGUGCUACGGCUGCCAUCAAGGCUGACCUCAAGGCGUGGGUCGAGGCCAACGCCGUUGACUUCCCCAGUGUUCCUGCGCAGUAA